UCUCCUCUCAUAUAUAGUGACCGAAUUUAAUUCAUCUCACUCUCUCCCUUCCAGCAAAAAGAAUGUAUAUGCAUAUAUCGCAAUCUCUCUUUCUCUCUCUCCCUCUGUGUGUGUGAAUGAAUGUUAAUGCCGAUAGAUCAAACGAUCUUCACUCCGGUUAUCGCUCACUUCAAAUCCACAAUAACGCAAGCCCUACAAAAACUGAUCGAACCCAUAAGUGGAUCAGGCUUCUAAUCCACUCUCUCUUAUCCAAACUUAAUUAGUUUUGUCGUUAAAAACCAUCUCCCAAAGAUAGAGGAGCCUCUAACUGUAUAAUCACUUGAAACAACACGUUGUUUUUGACUCAACGCCCUUUUCUUCGAAUCUAAGCCAAUUCCCACCACUCAUAUUAAUCCAUAAUCCAUUACCGGCAUCAUAUAUAUACUCUCUAUCAGAUUCUUUAAUCUUUAUCAAACAUUUUGGAAAGACGAUGAGUUGUUUAAGGGAAUUGGAAGGUAAAAUGGCUCAUGAUCAUCACUUUAUUAACCAAGGCCUUGGUCUGAGACGCCGUGUAUGGGUACCUGGUCCGGUCAUCGUCGGGGCUGGACCAUCUGGGCUUGCGGCGGCUGCCUGUUUGAAGGAUAAAGGGGUGCCCAGCAUCGUGUUGGAGAGAUCGAAUUGUAUAGCUUCGCUUUGGCAAUUCAGAACAUAUGAUCGCCUCCGGUUACAUCUUCCCAAGAAGUUCUGUGAACUUCCGUUGAUGCCCUUCCCUGAUGAUUUUCCGAUGUACCCAUCCAAACAACAGUUUGUGGAGUAUUUGGAGGCCUAUGCCAAACGAUUUGGGAUCAAGCCGGUUUUCGAGCAGGAGGUGGAGAGUGCAGGGUAUGAUGAGAGUGUAGGGUUGUGGAGAGUGAAGAGUGUAGGGUUGAAAGGAGAAGAGAUGGAGUAUGUUUGCCGGUGGUUGGUGGUGGCCACCGGGGAGAAUGCGGAGGCGGUGGUGCCGGACAUCAAAGGGAUUGAGAAUUUUCGUGGAGAGGUACGACACACGGCGGAGUAUAGAAGUGGGAGUGAUUUUAGAGGGAAGAAAGUGUUGGUUGUUGGUUGUGGGAAUUCGGGAAUGGAAGUGUCUUUGGAUCUUUGCAAUCAUGAUGCUCAUCCUUCUCUUGUUGUUAGAAAUGCUGUUCAUGUCCUACCACGAGAGAUGCUGGGAAGAUCGACUUUUGGGCUGUCCAUGUGGUUGCUCAAGUGGUUACCCAUAAGACUCGUUGAUCGGUUUCUUUUGAUCAUGUCAUGGAUGAUUUUUGGAAGCACCGGUAGUUUUGGACUUGAUCGGCCCCAAGUAGGACCCCUUGAGCUCAAAAGCAAGACCGGAAAAACACCGGUUUUGGAUGUAGGAACCCUAGCCAAGAUCAAAAGUGGACACAUUAAGGUGCAUCCAAGCAUUCAAAGUGUGGGGCAUCAUAGUGUACAAUUUGCGAAUGGAAGAAUAGAAAAUUUUGAUGCUAUCAUUUUAGCAACAGGGUACAAAAGCAAUACGCCCUCUUGGUUAAAGGAAAAGGACAUGUUCUCAGAAAAAGAUGGUAUGCCUCGGAAACCCUUUCCACAUGGUUGGAAAGGUGAACGUGGGCUAUAUGCAGUAGGGUUCACUAGACGUGGUUUGUUUGGUUCAUCUGCGGAUGCAAAACGAGUAUCUGAAGAUAUAGAAAAUUUUUGGAAAGCAGAAGCCAAACAUCUGGCCAUGACCAUCGGACGAUCAUUCACAUUUCAACCCUAGUAUCAUUUAACUAGAAAAGAUUUUGACACUAAAAUCAACCAAAUUGUUGCUCAUCCAACUGUAGAAAAUUAAGUAGGGAUUAUGGUGGAACAGCUUUCAUCAACCAGUUAGAGUAUCUAUUUUUCUUGAUUUGGGGAGGGGACCUCUAUCUUGAUCUAGGGUAGUGUAUCUAUACAUCUUGUACAUUGCCACAUUAAUUUCUUUUAUAUAUUUUUUAUAGAAAGAGAGAACGAGGGGUAUAGGGGUAUAGAUUGUAGUGUUGUUUUUACUUUUUAUCUGUUACUUCAACUUUUUCAUUUUGGAGAGCAUGCUUAACUCAUAGUUAUAACA